AAAUUCACAACCAAAUGCUCUUCCGCAUCUUCGAUAAAUUUUUUAGUAUUUUUAUCUCUUCGUUUUCCCCAUUUCCUCCCUCUUGUCCUCCACCAUACCCACUAGGGUUUCAAGAAUCCGUCCAUCUAUGUUACUUUCUUCAAGGAUUUUAAAGCUAAUCGAUACCAGAAUUACGAGAUUGGAGCUUCUGCCAAUGAUUUCAUCAGUUUGAUCAAUUAGGUUAACUUUUCGUUGAUUCGAUAAAAGCUUCGGGUGAUUCUGAUUCCUUUGGAAUUCGUUUGAAAAGUGAAGUGACUGUUCGAUGAAAUUAAGGGCCGUUUCUAUUGGUUUCUAGAAUUUACUGGGGUCAAUUAGGUCGCAAUAGCAAUGGACGAUCUUAUGAUUGAUACAAACGGAUUGGGAGAUAAUUCAGACAUCGAAGGUGAUGAUAUAAGAUGUGAUAACAUAGCAGAAAAAGACGUAAGCGAUGAAGAAAUCGACGCAGAAGAUUUGGAAAGACGGAUGUGGAAAGAUAGAAUCAAACUCAAAAGAAUCAAAGAAAAACAAAAGAUUUUAGCACAACAAGCUGCAGAAAAGCAAAAAGCAAAGCAAACAAGUGAUCAAGCUCGAAGAAAAAAAAUGUCAAGAGCUCAAGAUGGGAUCUUAAAAUACAUGUUGAAACUCAUGGAAGUCUGCAAAGCACGUGGAUUCGUUUAUGGCAUCGUUCCCGAAAAAGGCAAACCUGUAAGUGGUUCAUCUGAUAAUCUAAGAGCUUGGUGGAAAGAAAAAGUCAAAUUUGACAAAAAUGGCCCUGCAGCCAUAGCAAAAUACGACAAUGAAUGCAUUUCAAAAGGUCAAGGAAUUGGGUGUCAAAAUGGGAACUCAAAUAGCAUUCUUCAAGAUCUUCAAGAUGCUACUUUAGGCUCUCUUUUAUCUUCUUUAAUGCAACACUGUGAUCCACCACAAAGAAAGUUCCCGUUAGAAAAAGGUCUCCCGCCACCGUGGUGGCCCACUGGCGGUGAAGAGUGGUGGUCAAGAUUAGGUCCAGGGCUUCAGAAAGGUCAACCCCCUCCUUACAAAAAGCCUCACGAUUUGAAAAAAAUAUAUAAAGUCGGUGUUCUUACUGCUGUUAUAAAACACAUGUCUCCAAAUAUUGCUAAAAUUAGAAGAUUAGUACGACAAUCAAAGUGUUUACAAGAUAAAAUGACAGCAAAAGAGAGUUCAAUUUGGUUAUCAGUUUUGAGCCGUGAAGAAGCUCUGAUUUUACAGUCUAGCGGCGAUAAUGGCGGUUCAGGGAUCACCGGAACACCUUCCGGCGGUGGCCGGCCGGAAAAAAACCGCCCGGAAAACAGCUAUGAUAGUGACUACGAUGUUGACGGGGUUGAAAACGGCGGCGGUUCGGUUUCUUCCAAAGACGACAGACGACGCGAUACGCCGGAGGCGGUGGUGCCGCUGGCGGCACCACCGCGUAAGAAGAGGAAACGGGAGAAGUCAAAGGUUGACCAACCGGAAAGGGAUGGGGUGCCAGAUAUAAACGAAAUGGAUGUAUCGUUGAUUGAAUAUCCGGUGUUGCCGGAAAAUCAUCCGCUAAUGGCUGAUACUGUCGCCGGAGUAGAAACUCCGGCGAACAUGGUUUUGUAUCCGCCACCACCACCGGUGGUGGUUCAAGAUUCUGAUUAUAGACCUCAGAGUUUAGUUGACUACCGCAUGUUUGUUCCGGUGAUUGAAGGGCGGAAUCCGGUGAACGAGUUCCAGAUGAGACCGGAAUAUUCUUCAGAACCACCGGGAAAUGUAAACCCAAUUGAAAUCACAGGCGGUGGAAGUGGUGGUGGUGUAGAGAUUGUUGAAAAAGAAGGAUAUAAUGAGGGACAAGUAGUGGACAAUCAAUUUGAAUCAUCGAUUAAUAGUUUGUCGUUGGAUUAUGGUGGAUUUAAUAGUCCAACUCCAUUUAAUCUUGGGAUUGAUGGAACGACGUCGCUUGAUACAGAUUUUGAUUUUCUGCUUGAUGAUGACCUCAUACAGUAUUUCGGAGCUUAAGUUUUCAAAAUUGUAUGGUGAAUAAUUCAAAGAUGACAAGCAUGGCGUUAUUUGGCUGAUGUUUUCGAUACUUUAUCAAGAAUGUAAGGUUAUAGUUUUUUGUUGCCAAUUUUGGUGUUAGAAUAAUGAAUGAAUGAAUGAAUGAUCUUUAACAGUUGCAUGUAAAAUGGAUCUCUUUUUUCAGUUUUUGUGAUUAUUAACUUUUUUUUCCUUUUUCGUUAAAAAAAUCCAUUAGAAUUUCGUGGUGUUAACAAAUGUAUAGCUUGUUUUGACGUUUUUAAAUAUUAAAUUAUCGUAUUUUAUAUUGA